GUAAGUGAACUAGAGCGGAUCAAAACUUGUCGUCAACACGGCGCUCAAUAUCCCCGCUCGGCAAAGUGGGGCAUACACGGAUACUUCUGUAUUUUCAUUUAAUUUUCAAUCAGAUUAUCUUUCCUACACCAUAGAAUCGUCUCGGGGCAAGAGAUAAAGAGAAAGCAAAGAUGCCGCUUCUUCACAAAAAGCCUUUCGUGAGGCAGAAACCGCCCGCUGAUCUCAGACCAGAUGAAGAAGUAUUCCUCUGUAAAGUCACGCAUGAAAUCUUCAGGACCUAUGAUGAAUUUUUCGAGAGGACCAUUCUGUGUAACAGCCUGGUAUGGAGCUGUGCAGUGACAGGGAAACCUGGACUGACCUACCAGGAGGCCCUGGAUAGUGAGAAGAAGGCCAAGCAAAAUCUUCAGAACUUUCCCGCUGCGCUCAUGGUCCCCCUUCUGCACCUUACAGCACUUACACACCGCAAUCGACUGCACGAGAUCUGUGAUGAUGUGUACGCCUACGUCAAAGAGCGCUUCUUUCUCGGAGAGAUGGUGGAUGUUGUCAGUCGUUCUGGUACCAGACAACACUGUAAGAUAUUGGAGGUCAUACCUCCCUAUUCCAAUGGCACAGCUAAUGGCCAUGUUACACAUCAUAUGGAGGGCGACUCAAUUGUCAUCAGCGACAGCGAUGAGGAGAUCACAGUCACUUCUCCCAAAACUCCAUCUAAUGGCAGGAAGAAAGCCAUCAAUCCAUCUUUGUUUAAAUACAAAGUUCAGCCUGUCAACCCUGAGGGUUGUGAACCAUUAGUAGUGAAAGCUUCUCAGAUUAGUCGUAAGAAGAAUGUUUUUAGUCGAGACCGACUGAAGCUGCUUCUUAAACAUCACUGUGAACCGAUAAACGGGACCAUUAGACUCAAGCCGUCAACAGUUGCAAAAUAUAAGUUACCCGAACAGAGUCUCUCCCACUUUUUUCCGGACGAGCCCCCAGUGUUUGCCUUCAGUCCACCAGUAAAGGGCAGAGGUCGUCGUCCAAAUUGUGCUUCUCCAACUGAGAUGAAUUAUAUUGAGGAGAAAUUAAAACUAAUGCAACAGAAAGAACAAAUGAUGUCCAUGGAUAAAUUCAAGAAAGAAAGAGAAGAUCUGAUGGAAGCCAAAAGAAGAGAAAAGGAAGGCAAGGAGAAAAGAAAAGAGGAGAUGAGAAAGAUAAUCGAAGAGGAGAAACUGAGAAGAAAAGAGGAGAAGGAACGAAUGAAGGUGGAGAAAGAGAGGGAACGUGAGAAGCUGAAGGAGGAAAAGAAAAAAUAUGCAGAACGACUAAAGUUAUGGAGUAAACCUCGAGAGGACAUGGAGUGUGAUGAUCUUAAGGAGCUUCCAAAACCAUUGCCAGUUAAAACGCGUCUUCCUCCGGAGCUGUUUGGCGACGCUCUGAUGGUGCUAGAGUUUCUGCAUGCGUUCGGAGAGCUGUUUGACCUGAAGGACGAGUUUCCUGAUGGCAUAACACUGGAGGUUUUGGAGGAGGCGUUGGUCGGCUCUAAUCCUGAGGGCCCUCUCUGUGAGCUGCUCUUUUUCUUCCUGUCAGCGAUAUUUCAGGCCCUGGCAGAGGAGCAGGAGGAAGUAGCCAAGGACCAGCUCGCGGAAGCAGACACCAAAGAUCUUACUGAGGCUCUGGAGGACGAUGCUGAUCCCACUCAGUCUGCCAUCAGCGCUGUGGCAUCUUUGGCUGCUGCCUGGCCGCAGCUCCACCAAGGUUGUAGUCUGAAGCAGUUGGAUCUGGAUAGUUGUACCCUCACUGAGAUUCUAAGAUUGCACAUCCUGGCCUCGGGGGCAGACUGCAGCUCCACCAGUGCUAAGUUUCGCUACCAGAAGCAGGGUGGGUUUGGCUCCACGGAUGACCCCUGUGUGGAACUGCGUCUGUCAAACCAGUGCCUGCUGAAAAAACUCUCCAGCACUGCAGUCUAUGACCUGCUGCCUGGAGAGAAGCUGAAGAUCCUUCACGCUCUUUGUGGGAAGCUUCUGACUCUGGUUUCCACACGAGACUUUAUAGAAGACAAUGCAGACGAGCAGAGAGCUGCCAAACAGGAACUACGAGAGCUUAAAGCCGAGCAGCAUCGCAGAGUGAGAGAGGAAGCUGCUGAGAGAGUUCGGAAAAGAAAAGAGGAGAAACUGAGAGAACAAGAGCAGAAAUUGAAAGAAAAGCACGAAAAACUCAAAGAGGAAGCAAAGAAUGGAAGCCACGUGGCUGGAGAUGAAAUGGACACCAGCACAGAGAGCCAAGAGGCUCACACAGAACAACACACAGAGGAUGAGGAGGAACAACCAUCUAAAUCUAAACUAGCAAAGAAAACAAACAGCUCCCUGAAAGAGAAGCAGUCCAGUGAGGUUGAAGUGAAAGACAGCCUGAGUCCAGAGGAGCUACAGCAACAACAGCUCAAAGAGAAAGAACUUCUGGAACGGAUUCAUAAGGCCAUGGCCUGCACCUACAUCCUGCCUUUUGGUCGAGACCGCCAGUAUCGCCGCUACUGGAUCUUUCCAUCCGGCGGUGCGCUCUUCGUCGAGGAUGACUUUUUUGGUUUGACAGAAGACAUGCUGGAGCCACGUCCAACUCCUGAACCCAAGAUGGAGGAGGCUCCAUCAGUAGAGAGCCCUGUUAAGACCGAUGAUGCCACAGUUGAGCCGGUGCCGGUCCACAACACCUCCCCUCCAGUCAACCGGCCCAAUCAGUGGUUCUUCUACAGCGUGGCUGAGGACGUGGAGCAGCUCAUUGAAGCUCUUAACCCUCGAGGACACAGAGAAAGCACCCUUAAAGAAGCCCUGCUACAGGAGAAAGAACGCAUCCUUCAACUGCUAGAUGAAAAGGCUGUUCAGCGCUAUCAUCCUUCAGAUAAACCUUUCCCAGAGACCAAAAGCAGUAGCUUGAAGGCGAAAGCUGCCCUGUCUUCAGAAAGCACAGUACCUGCUGAACGCUUUAUGGAAAAUCGCCUCAAGGAUCUGCUACUUGAUGUCGAAGAUCGCAUCUAUCAGGGAACUCUGGGCACAAUUAAAAAGGUAACUGACAGAAGUUCAUGGAGGGCAGCAUUGGAAAACGGGAACUAUGAACUACUAAGCCCUGAAUCCAAAGAGCUGAUGAACGGCGAAGAGGAGCCAAUGGAGAUUGAAAACCACUUCAGAGUCAAUAACAGGCUGCAAGAAUUAAAAGCAGAGAGUCAGAGUGUUACAUCCACUACUGUGAGCACACCUCAACCCAUCAACAACACCGUCCAGUACCUGGCACAGGCUUUGGCCCAGAUAGAGCAGGGCAUAGAGCGCAAGUUCCUCAAAGCUCCACUGGGUGAUGAAGAUUCCAAAAAAGAUCAAAAGGUUAAGAAAAAGGACAAAAAGAAAGAUGAUGACCAAUCUAGUGAGAAAGAUGAUGGUAGUGAGAGUGGGCGGCAGGUAAAAACUGUGCUGGAACGCUGGCGUGAGUCUCUUCUGGCCUGCUCCAGCCUGUCACAGGUUUUUCUGCAUCUCUCCACCCUGGAACGCAGCGUCAUCUGGGCUAAAUCCAUCCUUAACGCCCGCUGCAAGGUGUGUCGUAGGAAGGGAGAUGCUGAAAAUAUGCUCUUAUGUGACGCCUGUGACAGAGGCCAUCACAUCUUCUGCCUUCGCCCAAAACUGAAGGCUGUUCCUACUGAAGACUGGUUCUGCCCAGAAUGCCGUCCCAAGCAACGCUCCCACAGAAUCAACUCCCGCCAGCGUUCUUCCAUCGACUCUGAGGAAGAAAUGGAGGAUGAGGAGGAGUCUGAAGCAGAGGAGGAGUCAGAAGAAGAAGAAGAAGAGGAGGAGUCGGAGGAAGAACAGUCAGAAGAGGAAGAGAAGGAGAGUGUUUCUAAGAAGGUUGCAGUCAAACUUCCUCUCCAGAGCACUAAAGGAGGUCGUUCAAACAACAAAUCAAAGCAAGCUGAAUCGGGUCAUUCCACACCUCGCUCUCAGCAGAGUACUCCCAAACAGAGCCAGUCUGCUAAUAAAGGAGGCUCCAAAAACUCAGGAAAGAAACCCACCCCAGUGUCAAACGGCAAACCCCCGGCACGGGCAGGCAGCCGCUCCAGUGCUCGUCUUAGUCUAGAGGUGCUCGCCAGUAAUGGCACAACGGCUAAGUCCAGCAACCAAUCCAGCCCUUCCACACAGAAUACAGACUCUAGAAAGAGACCCAUUACUGCAGAGGUCUCCCCAAAAGCCAAGAUCGUUUUGGCUCCAACCACUACUUCAUCCAGCCGUAGAAGCUCAGGAAGAAAUCUGGGUGUCCAUGAGCUGUCAGCCUGUGAGCUGCUCACCGUGGAUCUGGUCAGACAUGAGGACAGCUGGCCCUUUAAGAAACUUGUAUCCAGAACUCAGGUACCUGAUUACUAUGAUAUCAUCAAGAAGCCCAUCGCCUUGAGUACAAUCAGGGAAAAGGUCAACAACUGUGAAUACCAAACUGCUGCGGAAUAUAUUGCAGAUAUGGAGCUCAUGUUUUCCAACUGUUUGGAGUACAACCCACGUAGCACCAACGAAGCGAAGGCCGGUCUGCGGCUCCAGAGCUUCUUCCAAUCCGAGCUCCAAAGGCUCGGCCUGGCAGACCGCAUGACCCCUCCUCAGAAACGACCACGGAUGUAAACAAAACUUUCAUGCAACCCCACCAACUGGCAGACUGAAGGCCAGUUCAUAAUCCGCUAUCUAAUUAUGUUGUUCGGUGGUAUUUGUAGAAUGUUCAUAGGCAUUCCAGUGUGGUGACACAAUAAAAAUUCAACCUACCCCUUGUUCACAGGAAAAUUAACUUUUAAAGUGCAGCGUGUACAAAUGUCAUUCUCACAAAUAUCAAGUUGCAUUUAUCCGACUGUUAUGAAGUCACGUUUAAACCAUUAAUAGUAGGAAUCAGUGAAUUUUUCUUCCUAUGGUGUUGCGGGAAACAGCCGUUCUGUGAAAAAGUUUUGCACUGUGUUUUCUGUACUUUUCCAUUCAAAGUUAACUCAGGACAAAACGCGUUGUUUUUUGUCUGUAAUCUCAAAAUGGUGCAUUUUGUUAUUUUGUACCUUGACUGCAUUUCUAGACUACUGUUUUGUAUAGUUUUUUUUUUUACAGACUAUAAUGAUAAAUCAAGUCUUUCAGCUCAAAAGAACAAAUAGAAUUUCUGUUUUGUAGUUGUGAAUAGUUGUAAAGAGAAACCGUUGUUUUUUUUUCCGUUCAGGUCCCUAUAGCUUGCUUUAACACUACAUAGGAACCAAAACCACCCUUUUCUUUUCACUCACUGGUUAUUUAUUUAGAUUUUGCUAUAAUUUGCUUGCUUUAUUUAUAAGUUUGUUCGUCUCUCUUUUUGGUAAAGAGCAGCCGGCUUUGGUUUCUAAAAGCUGAUGAAUGAAAGUUCUCUUCUUCCAGGUCUUAAGGUUCAUUUUACCUGCUGUGCAAAUUGCGUAUUUGUGUAUGUAAAAUAAAUUUUGUUUAUAUUUGGCUUGAA